GCCGCAGAGCCAGGAGACAGCCUCCCUUUAGUCCGCUUGGCCUCGCUGCCGCCCCAGCGGGAAGCUCCGGAGGCCUUUGCCACAGCUGGCUCACAUCCCAACCCCAACUGGCCUUCUCCUCCCUUCAGCCUGGACGCCUGGGGAGCCGUGAGGAGAACCUCUCGGAGCCGCUGCUGGUGCCAUGGACCCAGACGCCCGCGAGACCCGCCCAGAGAGCAACGAGCGCUUCACUGAGGAUGUCAUUGAGUAUUUGCAGGACACAGUGAGCAGAGAGGAUCUGCAACUCCUGCUGAACGAAGAGGCCUGGAAGAGCCUGGUGGCCGAGGCUGAUCUGUCCAGGGAGGAAGCAGAUGCGCUGUAUGAAGCUCUGCAUAAACUUAAAGGAGACACCACCUUGGAGGACAAAGCCGCACUCCAAGGACACAUGCUGGACAGGGAGAGGUUCUUGGAAGUGUUUCCCCAGGUGAGAGGGGAGCUGGAGGCACACAUAGAGAAGCUGCACGCCCUUGCAGACAGGGUGGACAAGGUGCACAGGGACUGCACCAUCUCCAACGUAGUGGCCAACUCCACCGGCGCUGUCUCUGGAAUCCUCACCAUCCUUGGCCUGGCUCUGGCGCCUGUGACAGCAGGGGUCAGUCUGGCCCUUGCUGCCACUGGGGUGGGGCUGGGAACGGCAGCCGCUGUGACGACAGUCUCCACUAGCAUCGUGGAGCAUUCAAACGCUCUGUCAGCCCAAGCAGAAGCCAGCGGCCUGUUGUCCACCAGCUCGGACAGGAUGAAGGUGGUUAGAGAGGUGGUGGGCUUCGGUGUGUCCAGAGCCUUUUCCUUAACCAAGAACUUCCUGCAAGUGCUUGAAGACAUCGGGAAGCACAUCCGGGCCAUCAAGCUGGCCAAAACCAACUCCCGCUUACUUGCCAAUGCCCAGCGGCUCAUGACCACCGGCAGAGUCUCAGUCCGGAGUGGUAAGCAGGUACAGAAAGCCUUCGGAGGCACGGCUCUGGCCAUGACCAAAGGGACCCGGCUCAUGGGUGCGGCCACCGCAGGUUUCUUCCUUCUGAUGGACGUGGUCAGCCUCGUGCAAGACUCAAAGCAUCUGCAUGAGGGGGCAAAGGCAGAAUCAGCCCAGGAGCUGAGGCAGAAGGCGCGGGAGCUGGAGCAGAAGCUUCAGGAGCUCCUACAGACCCACGAGAGGCUGCAGCUGGACCCGUCGCCGUGACCUGCCGGGGACUCCUGCCACGUCCAGCGCGGGUGAGGGAAAGGGUUUCUGUCGAGGCCGAUACCGGCUGUAGAUUAAUCACUAAGAAACUUAUCUAAUUAAAUAACCACAGGAGCCUAUGAUCUUUUUAAAUCCAAGGGGGUGUGACGGAUUGAGCCAUGCCAAGACCUGGCCUCUAACUGCAUGGAGGAGCCCACCUGCCCUUUAUUUAGAGUCGUCAGGGAAAGGGGGACCAGGGGGAGCUGCUUCUGUGAGGAACAGGGUGGGCUGGGGUUAGGGAGGCCAUCUGCCAUGGCGGGUCCCCAAGUGGAAGGAGCAUCUCCUCAAGGGGGAGCCGCUCUGCAGAGUCCCCUACCCCAGACUGUGGGAAACAGUCUUGUGACUGCCAGUUCCUGGGAGCCAGUUCCUGGCUCGCCCAGGCCUGAUUCUGUCAGCCCUGGAUGGCUGCCCGCAUAUUCCCCCUUUCCUAGUUUUUAAAUGCAAGUGAUGGGCAGCAACUUGGAGGUCCUAGAUCUUGGUUCCGAGUGUAUGGUAACCUAUUCUCAUGAUACAAAAAAAUUAGUAGCAAACAUAUCAUUUCAACAAUAUACCAUCUAAUUUAGGGAGUUUUUGAUCAACUAGAGAUGCAGGGUCCAUGAGAUCAAUUUUGCUUUUUUGAAUAUCCUGGAUGUGAUGAUGUAACUUUAUAAGAUCCAGGCUAUUAUUAUUGCUAUGUCAAAUGUCCAUUAGAUGAUUCUUCAUGAUCCUAGUCCCAUUGGGAAGUAUGAUAUUUAGUUGCAGUAACACAGAAAUACUUACAGUCAUCGGGCAUUUAAGCCUUUGUUUAAAUUAGAGAGCAAAAAACUCAUUACUUAUAUUUGUAAUAGUAGCUGUUGAAGCAUUUAAUUUGAUCUCAAUCAACUUAUUAAUACUUAACUUUCAGGGGCCAUAGAAUCUUGACAGAAUGAAUUAUGCCCCUAGAUAUAGUGAAGGUGGGAACAGAUAGAAACCUAAAAGAAUAAUUAAAAUAUAUAAGGCCCAAAUUAUCAUCAAAUAAGAAAUAACUGUUAGAAUAUAGAUGUGAAUUAUUCAUCUUUCUAGUGUAAUAUCAAUCAGUUUGUUGAAUUCUAAUUCGUUCUUUGUCACAUGGUUACCAGCAGUGCAACAUAAUAUCCAAGUAAUAGGGAAUAGUUCAAAUUACAUGGAGUUUCAAAAAUCAGAAUGAUUGUAUCUUAUUUUAUAUUCUGCAAAUAGUUUUAAAUAACUCAAUUAUUUACCUAGUUCCUUAGAUCUUUCAUUGUAUUAAAAAUUCAGAUUAAACAUGGUUGCUUGUAAAUUCUUUCUAGAAGAAGUCAAAGCAAAACACAUUUAGUGGCAAUGUUGCCACGUUAGGCCUUCCUGGCUUUGAAUCUUCUAGAGGAAGAUAUUUUGACAUAACUGUCUUUUAUCAAUUUUUGAAGAUCAAUCCAAAAACAUAUCCAUCACCUUCAGAGAUUUUAUGUAGUAUUGGCAAGACAUUUGUGUAUUUUAUCCAUUUAAGAAAAGUGCCAGAUUCUAUUGCAGAACAAUCAAGGUAAUAAGAUAUUGGUGCGUAUUCCACAGAAAUGACUGACUUUUUAUGAGAAAGUCCCAUUCUAAUAACUGUUUGAACAUAUAACCUUAAGUUCCAGGGGCCAGUAUUAUUGGCUGGCCUAGGUGCUCCUUACGCUGUCUUUUCCUCAAAGGUUACCUCUAGACAGCCAGAGUCUAUCAUGGGACCAGCAGAUAGGUAAGUUUCCAUUGCAGCCCGUGUAGUCAAAUCCAAUCACACAGAUGGGUGUAAUGUGAGCAUCUGCAAAACCUCCCAUCAUAUGAAUGCCAUCAGUAAAUACUGGGAUUGAUUCUCCAGUCCACAUCGCUGGGUGUGUUAAAGGUGGAUCUGGGAAAUAGGCCCAGUGAAUUUCCUUAUGGAUUUCACUUACCUGAGAGCUCAAUCGAGUCCGCACACAAACACUGUGGCUGGAGAUUUAAGACCUCCUUAUUGUAAAAUCUGGUGCAUUCGAUUGCUCCAUAUGUCAUUCAGCAGUGGUGAGACUCCCCAUAUCAUAAUUUUUAGAAAACAUUUUUGAAAUUAAGUGGGUUUACUUAGGGUUCUAUUUUCCCCUUUUCUAUUUUUUAAAAUUGUAGAAAAAGAUUGACAUAAACUGGAGCAUUAUUAGCCUUAAAUUGUACACAGUGGCCUAGCAUUGUACGAGUAUUUAAACCCAUAAGAAGUGACUUAAUGAAUAUUUCCAUUUGGCCAGGAAAAUUCAUAUAAGUUACCUAUUGUUAAAGUCAAUGUUAUUGAAUUGAAGAGGGCAUUACAACAAAAGAAGCCCUAGUUUUUACCAAAUAUAUAAUUUGAUUUUGUCUCUAGUAGUGGACUGAGUGACAAAGUUAUAAGAUAGAGUCAGUAUAAAUAUUGAAAAUCAGUUUUAAGACCUGUUUAUUUUGUAGAUAAUGGCCUUAUCAUCUUAAGUUACAUUAGAAUUGGUAGUAUCUUUUAGGAUAGUGAUCCAAUAAAUUAUUUAAAAAGUUUUAGAAUUUUAUUUCAUUGAUCUAGCAAUCAUAUUUUAAGGGAUUUGUGCAAAAAUAUUUUUUAUGCAUAAAGAUAUAGUUGUAUAUUUUUUAAAACCUUGUUUUCAAAGUAGCAAAAAUAAUUUAAAUGUCCAACAUAGGGCUUUAGAUAAAUGAACUAUAUGAUAAAAAAUCUGGCAUUAAAAGUAAUAUUGUAAAAGAAUACUAACUAUGUGUAAUUUAAAAUAAUUUUACAAGUUUUAAAAUUUACAAUAUAAUUCUAUAUGUAAAAAAUAAGUAUAUUUUUAAGCUUAUGCUUGGAAAGCAGUUCAGAAGUUUAUUUACUAAAUGCUAAUAAUAGUUAUUUAUGGAUAGUAGAUCCUCAAAAGAGUCCUGUGUGUAUUUAAUUUUUCUUAGGUGGGUCUCUUGACAAAAUUUAGAUAAGGUGCUCUAAUUUUGAAACCAUCUUUAGCCUCUUAUUUGAAUAUCAUUAUAUAAAACCUCCAUGUAUAAUUUGGAUUAAUAUAAACUAAGUAACAUAAUUUAAUAUCAUAUCUGAAACAUGAAAUAGGUAAGUCAAGAGAAUUUUUAUUCCCUCUUGGGGGAAGGUGUCAAAAUAUUUCUAUAUCCCAUAUUGUUAACCUUUAAAUAAGCUAGUGUCUCUUGAAUGUCCUUUAGAAAUAUAGUUAAGUUUACUUCUUAGUGUAGGGAGUCACAUAAAAAUUGUAUGACAUAUUAAUUUAAUUUUAAAAUGUUAAAUGACACAAUUAAAUUUUUACUAAAUUGUUAUUAUUAUAUAAGUUUGUAGGAGACCAUUAUUGUAAAAAGCUUUAGUUUGGAGAGCAUUAGCUUAGCAAAAUAUCCCUUCAAAUCAUAUAUUUUAAAGACUUCUUUAUCUGGGAAACAAGGAUACAAUUGACAUAACAAGUUAGUAAUAAUUAUCAUAGUAUCCAAUCGAUGAUCUUUUAGCAUUUCAUCCUUGUAAAUCAAUAAGUAUCUCCUGUAACAAAGACUUACAUAAUUAAUCCUAUUCACUUUAAAUUUGACCUAUUUAUUUUUAAUUGUAAGUCAAACAUCAAACACAUAAAUACCAAUAUUAUUUCUUUCCUGUUGAAGACAAUUGUCAGAAGUAGAUGAAUGAUAUAGAUCUUGACUAUAAUGGGAAUGAGCAAUUUUAUUAAUUAUUUGACCAGCUGGAAAAAUGUGAAUUAAUAAUUAUAAAGAAGACUUUAUUUGUAUUUGUCUAUCCAAUGUAGAUUAAAACUUAUUAUUAAAGUUA